AUUACUCUGCUGCUGAGAUGAAUAACCAAAGAGAAAACCUCUCAGAACCAAAUCUGAUUAAGAACUCAAGAAGACAGCAAUUGAAAGAUUUGCCAUCAUCUCUAGAGAAGCUCAUUGCUGGGAUUUGUGGAAUCACAUGCCUAGUCUUGAUAUACAUUGUAGCAAGAAUAGGUUCUAUUCCCUCUGAUCCCUGUGGUCAUUGUCCAAAAGAGUGGAUUACAUGUUUUAACAAUUGGUAUUACAUUAGCACUGAAAGAAAACCAUGGAAUGAGAGUUUGAUGUUCUGUGCUUCUAAGAACUCUAAUCUGCUCUCCAUAGGUGAAGCGAACAUGGUAAGAUUUCAAAUGUUUCCAACAUUUUAUUAAAAGCUUAUCAGUUGAGGGAUGCCUGGGUGGCCC